AUGCAUUACCAACCCAUCUGGUACUUCGCCUACGGGUCGAAUCUCGCCCGCUCCAUCUUCACCGGCACCCGCAAGAUCAUCCCCCUCGCCACCAAAUCCGUCUCCAUCCCCGGCUGGACUCUCGUCUUUGAUAUUGGCGGUUUGCCAUACAUCGAGCCUGCGUUUGCCUCUAUUCAGCCUGUUUCGGGUCCAUCAAUUGGGAAAGGGGACCUUGAGAAGAAUGCUCCGGUGACAGCUCCGACGGUCGAAGGCGUCGCGUACCUCGUGACGCCUGCGCAAUUGCGCUCGAUCAUGGCGUCGGAGGGCGGUCUCUAUGCGUAUCGCCGGGUGGUGCUCCGUGCGCGUCCGCUAGACUCGCUAGAUGGGGAUGCGUCUGGAAUGGCCGUUGUUACACUCGUGACGGGUGAGGGUCGUACGCCGGCUGGGGUGCCGAGUCGGCGGUAUAUGGACCUCAUCACAACCGGCUCCGGAGAACAACACCUCUCCCACCCGUAUCAAACCUAUCUCUCUACCCUCCCGUCGUAUCAGCCUCCAAUCAGGGAUCACUCCCCCUGGCAAUGGUUCGGAGCGCAGCUCUUUCUGCUUUUCUGGCUUCCUCUGUACAAAGUCCUGCAGUGGUUGCUCGAAAUGACGGGGAAUAUGGAUCCCGGGGGCCAUGCGCCGGAGGGGUUGUGUGUCCUGGUAAGGACGAUCAACGCUGUGAUGUGGUUUUGGCAUGAUCGGGUGCAUUCGAGGGUUUGGGGGAGGGGGGAUGGUCUACUUUAG